UGAGUAGAUCAUGGUUGACAUCAAUUGAUCAUGAGGAAUGAUGAUCCUGAGCAUGUCGUUGAUCAUUAGUGAACGGUGGGUAGGAAAAACGUCUUCCAUAUAUACCCAUGUUUUUCGCCUUGUCGUGGCUCAUUCCCAUUUUUCAGCUGAAAUCUUCCUUACCCGCACAUCCACGCAAGAGUUCCUCGAGUGUGAUCAUGGCCUCAGUCUCUGAAGUUCCGCAAACAGUCGAAUGGCAGGGCAAGCAGGUCCCCGUCUGGUCCAUGAGGACCAUCGACUACGGUCUUGUGCUCUCACAGGAUCCCGAUGAGGUAGAAAAGGUGACCAAGGCCUGUCUCGAGGACGGGUACUUCCAGCUCGACCUCAACGGCAUCGACGGCCGCGGCAUGCUCGAGGACCGCCAAGAGGUUCUCAAGCUGAUGCAUCGCUUCUUCGAGGCGCCGCUCGAGGCCAAGAACGAGUACGGCCUGAUUGAUUCCCAUCUCGGCUACGAGCCGGUCGGCAACCGAACGGGUGCCUUUGGGGCGGGCACCAAGGAUGGGUACGAGAUGCUCAAGGUGUCGCGAGACGAGAUCCAGCAAGGCAGCCCCAGAGUGCCGUCACCCAUCAAGAACAGCGGCGAUCUGCACAUUCUGGAGCGGGCGAUUGGCAGCUGCAACACGGUCACCAAGGUCAUCCUCUCGGCCCUGUCUACCGGUAUGGGCCUCGCCGGGGCCGAGCGCUUCGAGAAGUCGCACCGCAACGACCGGCCCUCGACCACGACGCUGUCCAUGAUGCACUACCUCCCGGCCGAAGUGACGGGCCAGAGCAAGAUCGGGCACCAGAAGCACACCGACAUCAGUUCGCUGACGCUGCUCUUUAGCGACCAGUGGGGCCUUCAGAUCCGGCCCCCCGGCGAGUGCGGCGCGCGCGAGAUGGGCUUCGUCGAGCCCAAACCCGGUUGCGCCUUUGUGCACGUCGGCGACUCGCUGCGGUUCGCCAGCGGCAUGAAGUUCCAGUCGUGCAUCCACCGCGUGGUACCCUUCGACCCGGCCGAACACCGCUACUCGAUCGCCUACUUCCUCCGGGCCGAGGACGAUACCAUGUUCAUGGACAGCGAGGGCCGCUACGUGACGGCCAAGGAGUGGCACGACCAAAAGUUCAAGGCCUUUACCGACCCGCCCGUGUGGCAGGCCAUGGCGCCCAAGUCCAUGAUCCUUGGCGGCAUGAAGGAGGAUGGAGCUGACGACCGCGAGCCUGUGGCCCCCUUUGUCCCUGAAGUUUCCAAGGAGACGGCAGUUCAGGCAUAAGGCCCCUGCGUACAUGCAUCCGUCAGCGGUUUCAAACAGGGCCCGCUUAACUCUCUGCUGUACUUGACUCCUUAUUUCACUCGCUAGCGUCGGCCUAUCUCAGUUUAGGGGUAGCAGUUGUUCUCUAGGUCCAAUUCAAUCCAGAGCAGCAAGAUGAACCACCAUGAGAUCUACCUUCAAUCAACCCUCCACAGCUCACCCUUCUCCUGAGCCUCGGCCACAAGCUUGUUGUAAAUGGCCACCUUCUCCUCGUACUCACGCACCAGAUCGUCAUCACGCUU